CAUGUCUACUGCAUCUCACCCCGACGGCCGAGAACUCGCCUCUAGAUCCCGCCUCAUGGAUAGAACGCAGCUUGUAUACCGGAGGGAGCUGAGUCCUAAUGAACUGUCCUACUUCCUGCAGAGUCGAGCCACUGGACUCAACGAUGUCUUCACUAGCAUCGCUUUCCGUGCACCAUCCACAUUGAUGUCGCCCGUGCGCCUCUCGAUCGUCUGGGCUAUCAUGCGUCAACGGCACUCGCUUCUCGCCUGCUCAGUGGAAAUGCCUCGUGGAAACUAUGACGAUGCCCACUUCGUGUAUAUGCCUCCGCCAACGCACGUCACUGCGAUCGAACAAGCGUCCCAAACGAUAUUUCUCCACGAUAAAAAGCUAGGGCAUGAGCUCAUGGACGACUGCCUCAAUGGGCCCAGACUUUUGUCCUUGUCGCGUUUGUCCAGACUGGAUAUCACGCGUCAGUCCGUCGGCAGAGGGGAGCUCUUUGAGUAUCACCUCUUCCUCAGCUCGCACCACAUGAUAGGCGGUGCGAUCCCUGUGUUUCAGCUCAUCAACGACAUGUUUGAGCUGCUGGCCGUGCAGACCGAUGCUGAACUGGAGAGUCUCUUACGUCGGGAGUGGAUUGAUCGAUGGGGUCAUGUGGCACCGAAGGAAGCAAUCAUGCCCUCGACAGAGACUCUGCUGUCUGUAUCAAAGGCUUCAAGACUCCGUCGCCAUGCGCUGAGAGUUGAUCAUGACAAUGUGCAGAGACGAUAUGUGGGAGGCCACGUUUUCCCUCGGGCGCCGCAGGCAAAGACGCCACCGAAACCCGCGCAACGGACGCAGACUCGACAGUUGCAGGCUAAAUUCAGCCGCGAGCAGACGAUCGCCAUCCGUGCAGCAUGCAAGGCUCACGGGGUGUCCAUCGGGAACGCCUUCUUUGCGCUGUGCAACAUUGCCUGGCUUCGACUCAUGGCCGCUCAUCCGGAAUACCGACAAUGCGCGCCGAAGGAGUUGCCGAUGCUGCUCUACUCUGUUGUCAACCUGGAACACAUCCUCCCGCCUUGUCAGCAACCGCGCUUGGGCUUAGCACUUGAGUAUCUGAGCGUGUGUCUUCCGGGCUUCCUGCAUUCUGACCCAAUGUGUUUGUUCUGGCACCGCGCUAAAGAAGCACAUCGGCAAGUGGGUGCAUAUGUCAGAAGCCCUCUGCUUCCAGGUCGGGCCCUUGCUACAUCCGAAAUGCGGGCCGAACGUGCCAAGGGCUGGGCUCGGUUCGACGAUGCGAUCGCGCAGGGAUCGAAAGCUCCUCCCCCACCUGCAUCCCCAGCGACGGGGGCCGGCGCGCCUUCACUCGCCCUGAUGGGGCUCUCGCAGCAAGGAUCGGUCGACGCGCUGUUCCGCACUGAACGGUAUCCGGCGAUUGAAUUGCUGGAUCUGGUCGGUGGAUCGAGGCGGGGGACGGGCGGUGUCUUGCUCUCCACACGCACUUUCCUGGGAAGAUUCGGUAUCUGGCUAAACUGGGACGCGGGAACGGUUCCAAAUGGCGGUGAGAUCGGGUUGAUGGACGAGUUCUGGCGGCUGGUGGUCGACGGGGUCCACGAACUUGUCUUGGGCGACGAGAGGCUGCUGGGCACAGCCGAAGAAGUGGAUAGUUUGAAGGGAACCCUGACGGGAACACACACUUUCAGGGCCAAGUUGUGAUUUCGGCCAUGGUCUUCUCGCCUUUUCUUCCUGUUCGUUUUGUUACUCUUCUUCCCUCGUACUUCCCGUGGAGAUUGAAUUGAGAUCGCUAUGUGCGAGCACAUGGAGUGAUUUCUUCCUCUUUCUCUUCCUCCCCAUAUCCCGAGUAGCCCGUCCAACUCUUGCACCCGCUAUGGCCAAUCUUCUCAAACGAAACACGGCCAAAGUCGACCUGGAUUCCAUGGUCGAUUCGAUCAUCGACCGUCUCGUUGAAGUCCGGAACCACCGGCCGGGAAGAAUGGUCAACCUGACAGAGAAGGAAAUCCAAUACCUCUGCAAACGGGCUCGGGAAAUCUUCAUGGAGCAGCCGAUGCUGCUCGAGCUCGAGGCUCCGAUCAAAUUAUGCGGUGACACACACGGGCAAUACUUCGACCUCCUGCGGUUGUUCGAGUACGGCGGGUUCCCUCCUGACGCGAACUACCUCUUCCUCGGCGACUACGUGGAUCGAGGCAAACAGUCGAUCGAGACGAUAUGCUUGCUGUUCGCAUACAAGAUCAAGUACCCAGAAAACUUCUUUCUCCUGCGCGGGAACCAUGAAACCGCAUCGAUCAAUCGGAUCUACGGUUUUUACGACGAGUGCAAAAGGAGGUACAACGUCAAAAUUUGGCGUUCGUUCAUCGACACAUUCAACUGUCUUCCGAUCGCUGCUAUUGUGGACGACAAGAUUUUUGCGAUGCACGGAGGACUCAGUCCGGAUCUACUGUCUUUGGACCAGAUCAAGCGGGUUUUGCGGCCAACGGAUGUUCCUGACAGUGGUAUUGUUACGGAUUUGCUCUGGUCGGAUCCCGAACCGGAUCUUCGUGGAUGGGGCGAAAACGACCGCGGGAUCUCGUUCACGUUUGGUGCCGACGUCGUUCUCCAGUUCCUGAAAAAACACAACAUGGACUUGAUCGUCCGCGGACACCAGGUGGUUGAAGACGGAUUCGAGUUCUUCGCGAAUCAGCACUUGGUGACCAUAUUCUCCGCUCCGAAUUAUGGAGGCGAAUUCGAUAACGCGGGUGCGAUGAUCAGCGUGGACGAGUCGCUUCUGUGCACGUUCCAGAUCCUGCGCCCGGCGGAGAAAAAAGAGAAGCUGGGUAAUAGAAGGUCGAACCCUAGACUGAAGCAGUAGGCAACCUCUAAAAUAAUAUGACACGGGUAGUGGUUAGUUGGCAUGGGUUUCUUUCCCGGACUUUUAGACUUUAUUGUAUUGCUUAGUACACGGUCGUGUUGUUCUCAGCCUUUCCUAAAUUAUGAAUUGCUCGUA